AUGGCUUCAAAGUUUCUAAGAGAGUACAAGCUGGUUGUUGUCGGUGGGGGUGGUGUCGGAAAGUCAUGCUUGACAAUCCAACUGAUCCAGAGUCAUUUUGUGGACGAAUACGACCCGACGAUUGAAGACUCGUACCGCAAGCAGUGUGUCAUCGACGAUGAGGUCGCGUUGUUAGACGUCUUAGAUACCGCCGGUCAGGAGGAAUACUCGGCAAUGCGUGAACAGUACAUGCGGACUGGCGAAGGCUUCCUCUUGGUCUACUCCAUCACAUCUCGUCAAUCCUUCGAAGAAAUUAUGACCUUUCAACAACAGAUCCUGCGAGUAAAGGAUAAGGACUACUUCCCCAUCAUCGUCGUCGGUAACAAAUGCGAUUUGGAAAAGGAAAGAGCUGUAUCCCAGGAAGAGGGUGAGGCUCUAGCUCGGCAAUUCGGCUGCAAAUUCAUCGAAACUUCGGCGAAGUCCCGUAUCAAUGUCGAGAACGCCUUCUACGACCUCGUCCGCGAAAUUCGUCGUUAUAACAAGGAGAUGUCAUCGUACCCAUCCGGUUCGGGUGCGCCGGGCGCCCGCGCGCCCGAGGGCAAGAUGGAAGUGAGCGAGCCUGGUGAAAGCGCUGGCUGCUGCGGAAAAUGCGUCAUAAUGUAA